GUUCCUUGCUCAGAAUAUUUGCUGAGCUCUGACGUAAUCAAGCAUUUACGAUAUCUCAUUGGGACACCUCUAUUUCACCACCGGUUUAUUUAAUAUCUUCACAACCAGGAAAUGUAAUGACCACCGUGACGAACAGGUAGUGUGCACUUCCACCGCUUUCGGACAAGAGUUGACUUCCUAAUAAGUGACCAUGUCUGAAGACACCUCCUCAUGGAGUUCCGAGAGAGAGAGCCAGGCUUCAAAACUGAUUCAGAAGUCCAAAGAAUCACCUUUUGUACCAAUAGGUAUGACUGGAUUUGCAGCAAUAGUAGGUCUGGGACUUUAUAAGUUGCGAACCAGAGGGAACACCAAAAUGUCUGUGCACCUUAUUCACACCCGUGUGGCUGCACAGGCAUGUGUUGUGGGAGCUGUGACCUUUGGUGUUCUGUACUCCAUGUACAAAGAAUAUGUGGUGAAGCCAAGAGAAACAAAUCCCUCUAAGUAAAUGCCCUCUUUGCUUUGUGCUGCAUAUAUUUAUGUAAUAUUGUUAAUGUUCUACUUCACACUGAGAUGACCUCAGUGAAAUAAUGGCACCCUCAAAUGUUUGGAGGUUGCUUUAAUAGAUGUGAAUUGUAUUUUCUCAGAAUGUUGGCAGUUUUAUAUUUUGCACACUGGCUUUUCUUUGCACUGUCAGGAUUUCCUGCUCUUUAAUAAACCAAAUAGUAAUGUACAACAAA